AUGGCUAAGCUUCCCUUGUCGGUCCGUAUCACGGAUAUGGUGCAUAGAACAGCCGUGUUGUCCCUUUUCGGCAUUGCUGUUGUGGGCACCGGUAGCAUUUUUUUCAACAUCUACGCCAACUCGGAUUUCGCUCGCAUGAACCAGAACAAGUUGCGUUUCAACAAGGAAGACUACGAGCAGGCACGUGCUUCAGAGGAAACCAAAGAGUAG